AUGUCAAGCAUGAUCACCUUCAUCCUGAUGGUGAACCGCCAGGGUCAGACCCGACUCUGCAGGUACUACCAGCCCGUCAACAUGAGUUGCAGGACGGCGUUGGAGGCCAACGUCGUCCGUGCCUGCCUAAGCCGCAAUAGAGACCAGUGUUCCUUUGUGGAGUACCAAGACUUGAAAGUGGUUUUCCGGCAGUACGCUGCCCUCUACAUCGCCGUGGGCAUCACCGAGGAUGAGAACGAGUUGUCCAUCUAUGAGCUAGUACAGAACUUUGUGGAGGUUCUCGACAAAUACUUCAGCCACGUGAGCGAACUGGACAUUAUGUUCAACCUGGACCGCGUUCACAUCAUCCUGGACGAGAUGAUCCAGAACGGACGUGUCGUGGAGACCAAUAAGAGCAACGUCCUCGGCCUACUCAAUACCCUGGACAAGAUGGCCGACGGCUGAUGCCAAAAGGAGAUAAACUGGAAUUUUUAAACAUUUUUCACCGACACGUCAACUGCUACGCUUUUGGUCGUAAUGACAAAGGAUGGUUCUUUGUCAUUUAAUUGCUGUCACGGUCAAUCACGCUUAAAGUGUUCAAAUGUAAAGUGGUGCAAAGUAAAAAAAAAAAAAAAAAAAAUUCAAAAGCUU